UAACCAUAGUGUGCGGGUCAGUGUGCGUGCACCUCGACUUUGAACAGGUACAUGCUACCUCCCACCUGCACAGAUAUCGGCUAACUCUGUCGGUCUGUCCACCAAGGCUCCCACCAGCACAGAUAUCGGCUAACUCUGUCCACCAAGGCUUGGAAAGAUGGAAAGAAAUCACCUAGUGUUUUUGCUUGGUCUUGGUUUUCUUUAGUUUAUCUAUUAGGGAUAUUGUAAAUAAAUACAUCCUUUCCGACUGUCGAAAGAAGGAAGUUCACUUUUUAGUGACCAGAGAUUGACUAGUUUAUUUAAUUGACUUAAAGAUCAUUCUUUAUAUUUUACUAGUUAAGGCGUUCGAUCAUCUGUCGGUGAGGUCGAUUGAAGAGAAAUGAAUGAGAUGUUUAAUUGACUUGUUGCUUAUGUAAAUGGUUAUUAGACUUGCAAGUUUGCAUGUACUGCUCUUUAAUCUAAUAGCUAGAUUUUGGUAUUGAUGUUGCUUCGUUUCUAGAUUAGCACUUCGUGAAUAGAUGUACAUAAGUAAGAUUAAGAGAGAUGAAUGAGAUAUGUUUAGUUGAUUUAGUUUUUAUGUUUUUUCCUUAUUCAGUUGAAAUUGAUAUGUUUACUAGACUUGCAAUCUUGUCUUGUUCUUCCCUUCAAUGUAGGCCUAUUUAUGUGAGCUCGAUUAUUGUGCCAUGACCUACUGUCAUGUUUUCAUCUAAGUGAGUGAUUUCUGAGGAUAAGUUUAAGGAAUACUAAUUGUUUGGGCAUGGGCCAGAAGUGGUGCCUAUGAAAUAUUCUAACUUAGUUAUUUGAGCUAUGUAUUAGUGUAUUGUACUUAGGGUGUAUGAUGUUUUCUGUUGUCGAUUGUAGGAUAUAAUGGUGAAAAAGGUUAAGAAAAAUGGCAAAGGUGGUUUGAAGGAGAAGCGGAAUCCAGUGGCAUCUCCAAAUCUUGUUGCUCAACAAGACACCCAAAAAGUUAAUACCCCCGAGGAUGGAGUUACAGCUGUAAAUGAUAAAAAAAUAUGUGACCAUAUUGAUAAGAGUAUUGAUGUGGAGAAAGUUUCUGCUAAACUUGGCUCUUCAGGACCUGUUAGGUGUGAAGAUUGCAGGGAAGGAGCGGUUAAUAGACGGGCUGGGAAAGGAAAAGGUAAACAUGGAAAAAAGAAGGGAGGUGGAGAAUCAAAGUCAGAUUCCAAAGCCAUUUGGAUCUGUUUAGAGUGUGGUCAUUUCUCGUGUGGAGGUGUUGGAUUUCCUACUACUCCUCAGAGUCAUGCAGUUCGGCAUGCAAGACAGUAUCGCCACUCAUUGGCAGUGCAGUUUGAAAAUCCUCAGCUGCGCUGGUGUUUCUCGUGCAAUAGACUAAUUCCUGCCGAAAAGAUAGAGGAGAGCACUGAACAAAAGUAUGUAUUACAGGACAUUGUGAAGAUGAUUAAAGGGCGGUCGACUGAAGAGCCUAGUCUUGAUGUUGAGGAUGUUUGGUUUGGGACGGGGAGUAUCACGAGUGGGAUCAAGUCAGAAGCUAGUGUUGAAAUUGGUGCCUACGGGAAAAGUGGUUAUGUUGUUAGGGGAUUGCUUAAUUUAGGAAAUACUUGUUUUUUUAAUUCUAUAAUUCAAAACCUACUUGCAAUGAAUAGAUUACGGGAUUACUUUCUUGAAAUGGACGAUUGUGCUGGUCCUCUUACUGCUUCUUUUACGAAGCUCUUUGCUGAGACGAGUCCUGAGGAUACCUUAAGAAAUGCUAUAAAUCCAAAAACUUUCUUUGGUUCCUUGUGUGCGAAGGCUCCACAAUUUAGGGGAUAUCAACAGCACGACAGUCACGAGUUGCUUCAUUGUUUGCUUGACGGUUUGUGUACCGAGGAAUUGACUGCAAGAAAGAAACUCAAGUCUUCGCAGGAUGAUGGCAAGUCUCCUCCUACUUUUGUUGAUGCCAUCUUUGGGGGUCGUCUCUCUAGUACUGUUACUUGUCUGGAGUGUGGACACUCUUCAUUAGUAAAUGAGCCAUUCUUGGAUCUCUCGUUGCCGGUUCCCACUAAGAAGCCUCCACCUAAAAAGACUCAGCCAGUUUCCCGAGCGAAGAAAUCAAAACAUCCUCCAAAGAGAAGUGGAAGAGUCCGCCCCAAGAUUAGCAGAGACGCAGCUUCUCUUAAUGCUCAAAGUGCUCAAGAAAGCACUUCGAUGCAGUCUAGUACGCCAAUCACUGAAGGAACAACAGUUCCUUCUGACGGUGCAUUGCUAGAUUGCGUUGAUGCUAGUGAUGUUGCUGAUAAUAUGGGCUUAACUUCACAUAAUCUAUCUUCCUCUCUGAAGUUCAAUAAUGAAAAAAAUGUAGACGGUGAGUCGACUUCAAUGGACAAUUUUACAUGGUUGGAUUAUCUUGAUCAAGAUAGCCCGCCUAAUGGUAAUGACAUCGUUUCUCAAGUAACUUCUCCUGAUCUAUCUUCCUCUCAGAAUGGUAUUACUGGACAGUUGAAUUCAGUGGAGAACUUUACAUGUUCGACUAAUCUUGAUCAAGAUAUUCUGCCCAAGGGUGAUGACAUCGCAUCACAAAAUGAUGAUAUUCUGACUAAUCAGGGUUGCGGAACUGAAUAUGCUGUUCAACAUAAUGUCUCCUUGCAAAAUAAUCAGGAUUGUGGAGAGGAAGCUUGUUCUCCAGAUGAUUCGAUUUGCUUGGACGAUCAAGGACGAUCUAAGUCACCAAACUGCAAUAUAGCUUCUCAAUUUUGUGAAGAAGCACCAGUUAAAGACUGCUAUGCUAGUGAAGUUGCGUGUAACUCAGCAUCAAACAGCCAGUUCUUCUCGGCGGAUUCAAAUCUUGGAAACGAUUCAUCAACGAGGAUUUGGGAAGAUGAAGCCCCAUUACAGGUACAAGAUUCAGAAAUUCUGUUGCUUCCUUAUAAGGAAGAGACCUCAGCUACCAGUGACAUACCAAAAGCAGAAGGCAAGGUGUCCUAUGAUGCUGUUUUCGGUGAACAAGAUUUUACGGACUUUGAUGGUUUCGGCGGCCUAUUCAAUGAACCUGAGCCGGUUGCAGGGCCUGCUGAAAAGCCUUUACUAAAUGGUCCUGCUUCUACGUCAAAUGGAUUUGGAGAAGCUAGCUCUGCUGUUGGAAAUAGCACUGAGUCUGAUCCAGAUGAGGUUGAUAAUACUGAUGCUCCAGUGUCUGUGGAGAGUUGUUUGGCUUGUUUCACAAAGCCUGAGCUUCUAUCUAAAAUUGAACAUGCUUGGCAAUGUGAAAACUGUGCAAAACUUCUACGACAACAGAGGAUGAGACUGAACAAGAAAGAACAGAGGACGAGGCUGAACAAGAAAUUGCCGAAACCUAGAUCAGGUGAUCUGGAGAAUGCGCCAAAGGACAGUAAUCCAAGGGAUAUUGAACUGAGAACCACUAAUCGAAGUGCUGUGAAAGGUGUGUCAGAUGCUUUUGAUGACGGGUUGGUGUACCAAAAUAGAACAAAUGGCUACUCAAGUCAAGAUGAAGCUUGUAGUGUAGUAAAUCGCGAUAAGAGAGUUAAGUUGGAUGAACCUGAAUCUGAAGAAAGUGAAAAUGAGACGGACUCUAAAGGUGUCAAAGUGGAAAGAGAUGCAACUAAAAGGAUACUCAUUGAUAAAGUCCCUCCAAUUUUGACUGUUCAUCUAAAAAGGUUCAGCCAAGAUGCUCGAGGACGCUUAAGUAAGCUUAGUGGCCAUGUGAAUUUCAGAGAUACUAUUGAUAUCACAACAUUUAUUGAUCCCAGGUGCCUGCAGAAGGAGGUUUACAAAUACCGGCUUGUGGGUGUCGUGGAACAUUCAGGGACUAUGAGGGGAGGUCACUAUAUUGCAUAUGUUAGAGGCGGCCCAAAGAUCGCUGGGAAAGACAAGGACGCGGAAGAUUAUGUGUGGUAUUAUGCCAGUGAUGCCUACGUACGAGAGGUCUCAUUAGAGGAAGUUCUUCGGAGUGAAGCCUAUAUUUUGUUCUAUGAAGAAAUUUGAUACGAAUUUCUUAGCAAUAUUUUUGACAUCAAAAUGGUUGGGGUUUAAUUGAUCACCCUACAGGUUCGCGUUUGAGAAACACAUACGAUAUACACAACGAAAAGGGGUUGGAGGGUAGAAAGGUGAGUUGUAUUACUACAAUCAUAGAGUAUAAACACCCAUUUUUUGUUAUUUUUCAAAUUUCAAAAUGCCAUCACUUAAAGAUGUACAUGUUGAAAAAUGCAUGUAGAGAAAGAGUUCAAAAAAGCAAUCCUUAUUUACCAGCAUGGGGUGGUAAGUUUAUGCUUAUUAAUUUCUUUUCUUAUUUUGUAUUAAUUGUUUACCAAGAUGUACAUGCUGGAAAAUGAUAGAGUUUGACUGUACAUUGUCAUUCAACAUUUUUCCUUUAGUGGGAAAAGUUAAAAUUGGCCCGUGAA